AUGGAUGGUGUUAAAGAUAACAAUCGCCAAGUAGAAGAACAUGAUGAUGGGUCCCGCCAAGAUGUUUCCCCUGCUGUAAUGAAUGGAGUUCCUGAAAAGAUUACGGAAGAGAUAUCACCAAGCCAACACGAAAGGUGGCGAGACCUCGUGUUAGAUAUACAGUUGAGAGCACAAGAUGACGAUUUCUUGAGAGCCAACGGAUCCUUCACUCCUUUUCCUCCUAGUCAUGUCUCCAGAAGGUUCAAGUUCUUCUCUCCCAUGGCAAGUCCUAGAAUCGGGAGGAGACGCGUUGGUUCCAUGAGUCCUUCCUCUACUAAUCUAAAGAAUGUCUUUAACUUCAAGAACCGUAACAAUAAUGCAGAUAUCGAGGAAGGUGUGCAAUUGGUGUUUGAUGGCAGAGAGAAGUCUAAUAUCACAAGAACAUGGUCUCUCACUAAUCUCUUAACUACUAAAAAGUUCAAGAAGACAGAGUCUUUACCUGUUACCCCUUUAGCUCACUCAAAUCCGGAGUCCAUGCAUGGAAGCUAUGCCGUUAAUGAUCAAGUAAAUUCCAUAAAAAGAGAGCGUACACUGACUAUUCGCCGUACACGUUCUCUCCCAACGCUCAUCGGCAAAGAUGGUACUGUGAAGCCUGUAGGAAUUCUCCGUGUGAUUCCUACUCCAUCUCGUCUAGAGAUGAUGCAUGCAUCGAAAACGAGUAAACAUGGUGGAGAAGAUGUUCCGGAAGAGGAAGCUGUGUGCAGAAUCUGCAUGGUUGAGUUAGGAGAAGAUUCAGAAACUUUCAAGAUGGAAUGCAUGUGCAAAGGGGAGCUAGCACUUGCCCACAAAGAGUGCACUAUCAAAUGGUUCAGAAUUAAAGGGAACGUAACAUGUGAUGUGUGCAAACAAGAGGUGAAAAAUCUCCCCGUGACACUUCUCCGUGUGGAGGAUCCUCAGGACCGGUCUAGAGAAGCAGAGCAUACAGAGGUUAACGGGUCGCAAGAUAUGCAGAUUCUUAUCGUAAACGUGGUUGCAUACUUCCUUUUCCUUGUGCAGCUUCUGGACAUGGAAAUGAAAUUGAGUGCCGUUGGAGUAGCUUUACCAUCUUCUUUCAUAAUUGGUCUUCUUGCAUCAGUGACAUCGACAAAAAUGGUGAAGAGUAAAUAUGUGUGGAUUUUUGCAGCCAUUCAGUUCAGUUUCGUUGUCCUUUCCGGUCAUGUCCUUUACUCAAUACUGAAUAUUAAGCAGCCGUUUACAUGCAUUGUCUUAGCCAUUCUGGUCGGAUUUGGACUCACCAUGUCCGGCCCAGCGGUUAUUAACGUGUUUAUGGAGUGGAGGAGAAGCCAUGCUCAUCACCAGCCAUCAAGCACUCAGGUGGCUACAACAACACCGUCUUAG